UAUGAUUUGAGUGCAAUUUUGUGCAUUAAUACAGUGUAUGGGGCACACGUGUAAUCACAUAUACACCAAAACCUGUAUUAUUACAUGCUAUGUAUGACAGUGAGGUGCACUCACGAGUUUGCAAUCAUUCAUGAAUGAUUUGAUGAUAUUCUUGAGCCAUCACCUCAUCUGAUCCCAAGAAUUGCCACUAAAUUACAGUAACACGAGUCACACAUCUAUGUCUUCGUGUGAGGUACUAAUGGACAGCCAGUCAUUACAACCGCUGCGCUAUUCAUCACUGGAGUGGAGAUUUCAGACACAAUUGGCAUCGCGUGCAGCGAGGGAUCAGUUGAAACCGGAAGUGAUACUGAAGUUUGAAUUGAAUGGCGAAAGUGAUGUGAAGAAGUACGUGACAGUGGUGUGCGAUGUCUCCAAUUUGGUGCACAUCCACGACGUGUUAGAGGAGGCGCUGAUGACAGCCCGGUCUCAACAUUUGCUUAAAAUAGUGAGACGGGUCGCCAAAACAGCAGACAAAUAACUUUUGGCACUAAUGCUAAUCAUAAACAUAAAAUCCCUAAUAAAAUCAGUCGAGUGUUAAAUGCAAUCCAAUGCCACUCAUAUGAACCGACAGUCAAUACUAUGGAAAUCAAUUGAAACCCGAAUGACAUUUAUGUUAUAAAUAUAUGUUGAAAAUGUUUUACAUUUUUAUAGUAUUUUUCAAAUUAUUUAUUAUAUUUUUGAAACAAAACUUAUUUCAUAAUAAAUUGCCUAUAAAUGACAUAAAAACAGAUUCAGAAUAAAGUUGAGGCAUUAUAUUUUGCU